UUCUCCAGAGCUUCUCCACAAGUGCCACGCCCGCAAAACCCCAACAUCUUCCUCUCAGCUCUCCGCCCGAAGGCCUCGCAGUUUUCGGACAAGACCGAAAUGCACGGAAAAAUGGUGCCCAGUUUAGCUCACAUGUGCCUUCAACUGCCGCAGAGCUUGGGACGGAUGGUGUGAAAAACCUCGUUUGACAGCCCUGCCAAAUGCCGCAAAGGGCCGCUCGUAACCCGGCUUACCCAAUCAUCCUGAGCCAUGACGACCAAAUGCUGGAUCCGAGUUCGGCCGUUAGACAGGCACUUGUCAAGAAUCGCCUAAGCCGGCGGCAAUGGCAAAACAGACCCUUAUUCCCUGAGAUUUGUGCCUCCUUUCCCUGAGACAGUCGUUUAUCUUGUCGGGACCUGUCGCUCUUUGCCACCAAAAAUCUUCCAAAUCUCACCAACAGCUCUGCGAAUGGGCCAAACCGAGCAUGAAAUCAUCCUAUGCGCUGUCUGGUACGCACGAUCUCAAGCGGGGUUCGACCACGGUCCACCCCGCCCCCGGGGAGAAGCGAAUGGGGAAAACCUUGGACCCUUUGCGAGCUCCCCAGGUUCGUUAAUAUAUAUAAGAACGGGGUCUUGCCUGGGCGACGUGUUUUCUUCUUCCUUUCCAGUCUUCAAACAUUCAUUUCUCUUUUGUAUACUCACCACCCUUGCAGUUCGGUCACUGGUAGUCUUUUGACUUAUCACGCAACUUAGAUUCAAUAGACUCUUAGAAUCUGGCUUUUAACAGCCGACCUCCACCAACCACCCCACUCGAUCUUAUAUAUUCACACCCGCCAGUCAAAAUUGAUUUGUCCUUUGCCUCUUUACAAUCUAUAACUAUCUACUACAACAACUUUCGACAACUCGACACUCACCUUCAUCAUGCCCGGUAGCGACAAGAAGGCUUUGAUCCUAUGUCUCUUCCAGAGUUUCGCUGGUCUCCUCUUCGGUUGGAGUAACGCUGAGGGCUCUGGUUUAUUCUCCAUGUCCCAGUACCAGUCUCGAUUCGGCACAUGUGACGCCUCUGGCAGUUGCGCCCUCAGCACCACCCGUCAAUCUGCCAUCACUGGUCUCCUCUCGGUCGGCGCCACCAUUGGUGCCGUGGGCUCUGGUUCCAUCGCUGACAGGUUCGGUCUUCGUAUCACAUGUCUUGCCUUCAUCUUCAUCUACCUGAUUGGUGCUGCUAUUGAGACUUCUGCCCAGCACGAGUAUGGUCAGAUCCUCGUGGCCCGUCUUCUCACCGGUCUCGGUGUUGGCGCCACCUCUGGUCUCGUUCCCGUCUUCCAGGCUGAGGCUUCUCCUCCCCGAUGGAGAGGUCUCGUCACCGGUUCUUUCCAGCUUUGUGUCACUCUUGGUAUCUGGGGUGUGUCCAUGACGAACUGGGGAAUGAGCACUCACGCUGGUGACAUCUCCUGGAGAAUUCCCGUUGCUCUCCAGAUGGUGUGGGCUCUUCUCUUGUUCAUCGGUUUCGCCCUUUCUCCCGAGUCUCCCCGUUUCCUCGCCAAGAAGGGCAAGUGGGACCACUGCAGGAAGAACCUCGCCAAUCUUCGUGGUCUUGCCAUCGACGAUCCUGAGAUCGAUGCUGAAAUGAAGGAAGUUGAAGCUGCUACUAUCAGGGACCAGGAGCAGGGUGAUGCCCACUACGGUGAAUGCUUCUCCCCCAAGGACCGUAUUCUCUGGCGUACCAUGAUCGGUCUCCUUAUCCAGGCCGGUCAGCAAUUGACUGGUAUCAACUUCUUCUUCUCUUACGGUGUCCAAUUCGCCCAGACUGCCGGUAUCGACAACACCUACAUCUUCCAAAUCAUUCUCGCUUCCGUCAACGUUGUCUUCUCUUUCCCUGGUGUCAUUGCUGUUGACAAGGCUGGUCGACGACCCGUCCUUCUUUACGGUGCUGCCAUCAUGUUCAUCGGUCAGAUCGUUGUUGGAUCCGUCUCCAAGGCCUAUCCCGAUGACAAGGUCGCCGGUGACGUCCUCAUCGCCUUCACCUGUAUGUUUGUCGCCUCGUUCGCCGCCUCAUGGGGUCCCGUUGCUUGGGUCGUCUGUGGUGAAGCUUUCCCUAUCCGAUUGAGUUCUUUGUGUGUCACUCUUGUAAGUCUUUUGCCUUGCGCAAGUUUUCCUCUGCUUACACAUCUCUCUCAGUGCACCGCUUCCAACUGGCUCUUCAACCUCAUCAUUGCUUUCGCCGCCCCCCAGAUCCAGGCCAUCAUCGGUACCGGUAUCACCUUCAUCUGGGGCGGUUGCCUCGCCCUCUUCUUCAUCUUUGUCUUCUUCUGUGUCCCCGAGACCCGAGGUCUUUCCAUCGAGGAAGUUGACGCUCUCUACCUCUCCCGAACUCCCGCCUGGAGGUCUAACAAGUUUGCCGAGGACCAGGCUCAGACCGCCAAGAGGGCCAGCGAGAAGCACUACUCUCGAUCUGUCCACAACGAGAACGCCGCUGUCAAGGCUUCUGCCGCGACCUCUGCUGCCAACUCGGACGACGGCAACCUGGUGUAAGAAAGAGAAUUGUGAGAGCUGCCUUUGAAAUAUGAAGAAAACAAACGCGAGAAGGGAUUGUAAUUGAAUGUUGUGCUGUAUCAUCCUCCCUCCCUCAUCGACCUCGGUCCUGUCAAGGUUCUGAGGUUCGAUUGAUUCUACCACGCAAUUGCAUUUUUGAUUCUCUUCAAUACUAUUAUUAUUAUGGCUACCAUUACAGGAUAUUCGCUUGGUCCGCAUCAUUCCAUACCCAUAUUCACAUUGCUCAGUACAAGUACAAGUCUACCGUGUCUCUAUAUCGUAUGUCCAAUGCACGAAUCGUUCAUGUCGA